GAAUUUAGUUGACCCGCUCGUCGCGGGCAGUCGCCACUGUCGCGGUUCGAGGUUCGCCGACUCUUGUACGUAUUUCGUGACAUUAUACCGCGGAUCGGUCGGGAUUUUCGCGUUUUUCGCGCCUCUGCGUCGUGACCGUCGAGUAUUAGUGUGCGCCGACGAUCUUUAUCCGCGUCGAACGGGAGCCAGCAUGUCCACGAGUGCCGGGACAGAUUAGAACCGAGAGAAAAGCCAGCGGGGAAGAGAGUGGUCGUGCGUGUACCAAGCAUGGAGUGGACUCAGUGCGCUCGUUUCAAAUCGUUACGAGCCGUUACCGCAGUCCCCGUCGAGCCGAGGUGAGUUCCGGCGACGUAAACACGCGUGAUCGCGUUCCACGCACCCCGUUUCACUUUCGAAUCGAACUGUUAACCCGUUCCCGUCGCUGUUCGUCGCCCGUUUCGCUGUCUGUACCGCUUAUGACCUACUUGUUGUGCAAGCUGUCAUCCCUCGAUUCGAAUAUUUGCCGUGCGUGCGACGGCCUUUGGCCCGAACCCUUUUGCCGUGUUGCACGCCUGACUCUCCUCCGGCCCUCGACACUCGGUUCUCGCCCAGGCCUUUUUCUCGGAGUCGCGUCGGGAAAAAGGGAACGAGAGAGGGACACGGCAGAGAGAGAGAAAGGAGAGGCGGAGAACCGGAGAAGGAGCGUGAAACGGAAAGAUCAAGCGAGAGCAGCGAGAACAAGUUUGAAAACUAGCACUGCCAGUCCGUUGAACAUCUGCGAUUCCUAAAGUCGCAGGUGAGCCUUGAGGAUGUGAUCGAGAAUGCCCGCAGGACCGCGUGAGAUCGUGAUCGCCCCGAGAUGGCCGCGACGCCAGUUCCUUGUCGCGUUUCAACGUGAUCCCUCGAGGAGGAGCCAAGAAGGAGUAGGCGGAGGCGGCGGAGGAGGCUGAGGCAACACUCGGGACAGUGGACUUGGAGGAGCGAUGCGCUGAGGGCUCGCCUCGAGCGGCUUCCACCACGGAGGAGGACAGACGCAGACAGCCAGCGCGCCGAGUCAGAAUGGAGGAGGUUCGGGGCUCGCCGGCGCGGCGGCUCUCGCAAAUCCUGGACCCGAUCGCUCGGCUCGCGACGGAUUUCGGCUCGAGCUCGGCACCGUGCAGCCCCAGACUGGGGGUCCGGGCGCACGAGGCGUCGGGCACGAUGGUGCAGGCGGCCGGGCCGGCCGAGUCGGGGGCCCGCAGGCAGCCGGAGGCGAGUCGAGGGCUGCCGAGCGGGCCGGAGAGCCCCCGACUGUGGCCGAGGCAGUUCCGGCAGGCGCCGGCCCCGCCGCCGCGGCCCAGACACGCGAACAGCAGCCAGCACGGGGCCCAAACCGGCCACCAGGCCCCCGCGGCCACCAGCGGCAGCGGCAGCGGCGGCAGCAGCAGCAGCAGCAGCAGCAGCCUUCAGCCGCCGGUGCACACCAGGGACUCGCCGUACGUGAACGUGCCGAAUCUGCUCUUCCAGAAGGAGAACAAGGGCUUCUCGGAGACGGCGAGGAGCGCCGGCUACGUGGAGCUCAGGGAGACCAAGCCAAAGUGCAGUCCGUACGACUUCACGUCCGAGCCGUCCGGCCACGUGGAGUACGCGGACAAACGGACGUUCGCCGCGCAGACCGACUUCGACGGCUACGAGAAGGAGCAGCAGCACGCCGUCGGCCUCGCCAGGGCCAGGUCGAACUUCGACCCCGGGCCCUCGCCCCAGAGAACGGCCCAGCAACACUUCGACCGCGCGUACUCGUUCUCCGGAAGACAGCCGGAGCCGCCAACCCCGGCCAGAGUGUUCACGGAAAACCGACUGUUCCUCGAGCAGCAGAGGAGCACCGCCGUUCCGGCGGGCUCGGACGCCAAGAAGGAGAAGCUCGAGAGCAGACCCGCUUACGGCUCGUCCAAGAGCUUCGAUGGAUACUCGACCGCCGUGGAGGAUCUUAAUUGGCAGGAGAGGUGCCUCGAGCUGCAACUCGAGCUACACAGAAGCAGAAGUCAGGCCACCAGGGUGCGAGACAUGCUUCGCGAGAAGCUCUCGGAGCUCGAGCAGCGGGUGCUGGAAGCGGAGGGCCGCGCCGACGAGGCGGAGGACAAGGUACGGAUGAUGGAGGAGCGGCUAGUGAAGGGUGAAUACUGCUUGAGCACAUCCGGCGUUGGUUCUCCACCGCAUUCGCUGCCGUCGACUUCCGGUACGCAGAAUGACAAGAUCGAGGACGUCCACUGCGCCUGCAUAUCCAAGCUAGAGACACAGGUCGAGGAACAGAGGCAGCUCCGACUUCAAGACGCGAGGCAGGUCGAGGCGAAAGCCGCCAGAAUCAAGGAAUGGGUGACCAAUAAGCUGCGGGAGCUGGAGCAGCAGAACCAGCAUCUGCGGGAACAGAACAACAAGUGCAACCAGCAGCUGGAGCUCCUGAGGAACCACAUAACGAACAUCGGCCUGAAACCACCUGCACCGACGAGGGCGUCGCUGUCCCUGGAGGUGGAUCCCACGUUGCGCAGACGAUCCGAGAGCCUCGAAGGAACGCCGCAGGCGGUUCCGGAAAGCGUGCAGACCGCGGUGGCGGAGCCUCAAGCCGGCACCAAGCACCGAAGACACCUGUCCGCUUGCGGGACCAUCCAGCGCGGUAUCCCGACCACCAACAUGGACUCGAGUCUUCUGUCCGAGGAGCUCGCUGCAGCUGUCGAGAACCUGGUGAUGCUUCCGAAUAUCCCCGGAGUCUCGGAGACCAGCAGGGACAGUGGUAGCUCCGAGGCUGUCCACGAUUAUGCCGAGAUCUACACGCCGAGCAGAGAGGGCAUGAAUUGGACGCAGAGCGCGCAGGGACCUCGACCUCCGACACCACCGCUGCACCGGUUUCCGAGCUGGGAGGCCAAGAUAUAUCAGGUAGCCGAUGGCGGGCUUGGCAUCGGUCCACCGACCAACGAGGAAUCCGCGCCUUCCACGAUGACCAACACGACCAGCUCGUCGAAACAUUCCCAGGCAACAGGACACAACUUGACUGCGCACAAUUCCCAAGGCUACUGCGAUAUUUCGGUUCCAGUGUACGCGACGGUCAAGGGACGAGCCAGUCAGAUCAGGUCGAUGCCAUUCGGCGACAGUUCCGACGACAGCUCGGACGGCGAGGAUCACCCGAACCAGACCGAGACCAACACCAGAAUCACCAACAGUUCCUCGGACAACACGGACUCGUCGCUCGGCAGCGGAAGCAGUCCCUCGAAGAGCGUCAAGACCACCAGCAGCCUCAGCCCCGCCAAGAGGAGCUCCAGCGGAUCGCCCAGCAAAAGCGUGAAGCGUGACACCUCGCUGGAAUCCGGCUUGUCCGAGGACUACGCGAUACCGCCGGACGCUUUAAGCUCAACUUCCCUGGAGUCCAGCAUGCCCAGUCUCCUGAUGCGCGUUUCCGGCGAGAGUCCGAAGCGGCAAGAGUCGCUGGAGAAGACUGGUCACCUGGCGAAGCUCGGAGGGAAGCUGAAGACGUGGCGGAAGAGGUGGUUCGUGCUAAAGAACGGGGUGCUAACUUAUUGGAAGAGCCAGAACGACGUGAACAGAAAACCUCAGGGUCAGAUCGUGUUGGACGAAGUGUGCAGGAUAAACAGGGCAGAGGGUGCCGCCACAUUCGAAAUAGCUACCGGCAAAAAGACCUACUACCUAACCGCGGACUGCAUCGCCACGAUGGAGGAUUGGAUCAGGGUUCUGCAGAAUGUACAGAGGCGGAACGCGACGAAACUUCUGCUCAGCAAAGAGGACAACAAGCCGACGAUACAGGGCUGGCUGACCAAGGUGAAGAACGGGCACGCAAAGAAGUGCUGGUGCGUCCUCAUUGGAAAAAUGUUCCUUUACUUUAAGUGCCCUAACGAUACGAAUCCUAUUGGACAAAUAAACAUGAGGGACGCGAGGGUGGAGGAGGUCGAGCACGUGUCCGACAGCGACAGCGAGGAAAGAGACGCCGAGUGUCCCCACGAGAGGACCAUCGGUAUCUUCCCAACCCACCAAGGCCCUACCUAUUUGCUGAUGCCGCAUAAACAAGACAAAGACAACUGGUUGUACCAUUUGACGGUGGUCUCCGGAGGCGGGCCCAGCGCCGGGACUCAAUACGAGCAGCUGGUGCAAAGACUGAUGGAAACCGACGGUGACUCUAGUUGCGUUCUUUGGAGACACCCGUUGUUGCUCCAUACGAAAGAGAACAUCACUAGCCCGCUAACUAGCUUAACAUCCGAGGCCUUGCAGACCGAGGCUAUUAAGCUAUUUAAGGCAUGUCAGUUGUUCAUGUCGGUGGCCGUGGAGCAGGCAGGCAUAGAUUAUCAUGUGGUACUAGCGCAAAAUGCGUUGCAGCAAUGCUUAGACCAGCCUGAGCUGCAAUCUGAAUUCAUCUGUGCAUUGGUAAAGCAGACAAGUCGUCACACGCAACACCGUUUGGGCGUACAGGUAAAAAAGGCCGCCAGACUUGUGUCGCUGGGUACUGCGCGCGUUCAGCUCCUCCUCUGCGCCACGCAAUCGCUGUUCACCUGCGAUACGCAAAGUCCCGCGGCAAAUGGCAGCGGUGAAAAUGCGGACGCGCAAUCGACGGCCUCCACUUCUCACAGUCCUCCGCUCACGCAGGGCCAUUCUACGUCUACGAUUCUGGACUGCAAAACUAACCCCGCCCAGUACGUUCUUAUCCAGGGGUGGCAGCUGCUCGCCCUCGCCGUCUCGCUUUUCCUACCCAGGAACAAUCGACUACUCUGGUACCUGAAGCUACACCUGCAGAGAAACGCCGAUACCAAGACGGAAUGCGGCAAGUACGCAGCGUACUGCGAAAGAGCUCUGGAGAGGACCCUGCAGAACGGUGGCAGGGAGGUGAAACCCUCCAGGAUGGAGGUCCUAUCGAUCCUGAUGAAGAAUCCUUACCACCACUCCCUGCCGCACUCGAUACCUGUACAUUUUUUAAACGGAACCUACCAGGUCGUCGGCUUCGACGGCAGCACAACGAUAGAGGAGUUUCUGAACACCUUGAACCAAGAGAUCGGUUGUCGAGACGUUCACCAGUCUGGUUUCACAUUGUUCAGCGACGACCCGAUCGAGAAGGACCUGGAGCACUUUAUCGAUCUUCAAGCGAAGCUCUGCGAUAUCAUCUCAAAAUGGGAGACUGCAUUAAGGGAGAAGGGCUCUGGGAAAUUCGAAAAUACCAGGCUGGUGCAGCUGACGUACAAAUCAAGGUGUUACUGGCGACAGGCGGCUAAGAUGGAGACCGACAGGGAGAGGCUUCUUCUGUGCUACCAGGUGAACCAGCAGGUUGUGCAGGGCAAGUUUCCGGUGAAUCGGGAGCUUGCUUUCGAGCUAGCAUCCCUAAUGGCUCAGAUCGAUUUCGGCGAGUAUAACAAUGACAAGGCUCGAGGGAGUGGACCCGGAAGCAAUCCUCAUCAUCUGGUCCUCCAGGCUCUGGACAAAUUCUACCCCAUACGAUACCGGACAAACAUCACUGCCGAUCAGUUGAGGGAACUACAAGAGAGAUUACAAGAAAAGUGGAUCGGCUUGAAAGGUCGUAGCGUACUAGACUGUGUUCGUAUAUAUUUGACUUGCACCAGAAAGUGGCCUUUCUUCGGAGCUACACUUUAUCAAGCAAAGUUAAAACAAGCCGAACCGAUAACCGUGUGGAUAGCUGUUUCGGAGGACAGUGUAACGUUACUAGAAUUACAAACGAUGGCAGUCAUGUGCCGCUACAAUUACGCUAACAUAGUUACAUUCGGUGGAUGUUUAGAUGACUUCAUGCUCGUCGCCUGCCCUGACGAAGGGGCUGCUGAACAGAAGCUGUUGUUCGCUCUUUCGAAGCCUAAGAUUUUGGAAAUAACGUUAUUGAUCGCCGACUACAUGAACGCUUUAGGACACGCUUUACCUGGAACACCACAAAUGAACACAUUAACUCGUAACGGGUCUCACAGAUCGAUCAAAUCCACUCUCAGACCUACCACUGGUUCGAGCUGUCUUCCAACGCAACCGGAUAUUUUAAAGUCUACGCCAGAUCACCAAAGACCUUAAGAAGACUGGUCAAUUCAAUUCGGUAAAGGAAGCAAGGGAACAGAUAGUCGGUUCGUGAAAGUCUGAUCUAGCCAAGGCACUAACUUUAUACUCGAAGGGUACUACAUUCUGUAUUAUAAAAGAGUCCUCGUGAAAGGAACGCUGCGAGUAAAAAAAAAACAAACGACGCGCGACAGCAUGUGCUGUAGUUAAUUUUAGUUGCGUUUUUUGUGUAAAUUAGAAAACGAUGCUUACGAACGACGUACAUACUUGUAAAUAUCCGACAGCAUGCGAGGACAGAGACAGAUAUACGUUCACACAUGCGCACGAACACGCAGAGACAUUAGACACGGAGACACUGUGUGGUCCACAUUAUCGAAUAUGUGGUUGACUGAAAUCAAUUGAGAAACGAUACGCAAACACUGCCUAAAAAGUAACGUUAGUAUGUCUAAAGUUACAUCGAAUAGUUUCGUUUCGGGGGAGAGCUGAGGCGUCGCGCUGAGACUUUUUGCUACCGUAUUUAUAUACCAAAUUCGAGGAACGUGUUUAGCGUUAGUGAGAACCUACGUAAAAGCAAGGGCGGUGUAUCGUAUACUAUGUAUAUAAUUAAUCAGUUAACUGGAUGUUUAGAAGUCUAGCGAGCGAUGCAGCGAUGUACCUUUGUUUUUUCUACGCAAGAACACAUUGAAAGGAAAAUUCUUGAUUCUUGCCAAAAUCGACUGCAACACAAACAAGAACGCACGCGAUCGUUGUCAACUUGGGGAUGAAGUGUGCAACGGAUUCUUUUUUUUCUUUUAAACGCAAGACAUGUUUAGACGCAGCAACUGUACCUACUGUCGAUGUAAGAUUCUACGUUUUCGAUUAUGAAUUGUAUGAUACGCGAUAUGUAGCUGUUUCGUUUCGUUGUAGGCCCCUUUUAACAUUUUACGUCUUUGAGUAUUUUGUAAUCUGAAUCGUUGGAACGACCGAUACUCGGACAGUAAGUACAGACAGUAUUGAAACGUAAAUCUCGUUAAAGCUCAAUCGUAUGGGUGAAACAGUUUCUAAUGGAAUAACGACAAACGAACGGAGGGUUACAUUAAUUGUCAUGUUAUUUUAAUAACAACUAGUCUCUCAUAUUUUCUAUUUAUUUAACGUUUAAGCGAAUAAGUUCGUUUUAUAUAAGGACACGACCAAAUAGAUGUAAAAUGGGAACGCGAUUUUUUCUUUGACGAUUAGUAUAUCGUUCCUGCGUAAUUGUAUGUGCAACAACAACAACAACAAUUUUGUACUAAUCGAACACGGAGUGAUCCCGUUGAUACUAUAGAAGUUUUGUACGCGCUUGACGUGUCCUACGUAACUAGCAAAUGUCUUCCUUCUCUUUAGUAACAAGAAAUAAAAUAAAGCAAAGUUGAAUGUAGGGCUUUCGUGCAAUAUGUACAAGACUUCUAUAUAAUUUUUGUAAUUCCUGGGAUAGGCUGAGUAUGAUUGUGCCUCUCUGAGCAGAGUAGACAAAGUAAAUUUUAUGCACGGCUUCGUUUAGCGCAUUGAAGAAUUUAUAUAAAGAGAAGAAGAAUAAUGAGAGAUGAAAAUGAAACGAUCGAACCUCAGAUUACUGGGAGCAGUACAAAGAUAUGCAAGAACGACAUUUUGUCUUUAAUUUUUAUAAUACGCGAUUAUAAGAAAGAAAAAAAUAAUAAUGCUACUAUUCAGGCGCGUAGCGUCUUUGUAUUAUGAUGCAGUAAAGUCACUGAUUCUGUAAAUAUCACGUUAGGCUUAAGUAUCUAAUUAUAGUAGAACGAGAGAAGAGAAAAACGGACAGCCGAGAAAAAUUCAAACAAUCGUCAUAAAAAUUUCCUGCGAUCGUCUUUGAGCUGUCCGCGAUAAUUCUACUGAGCCUACCACCUUACAUUUCUAUUUAUUAUUUAUUCGCAUAAAAAUGACGCAUAAAGGGCACGAGCGGUGUAUAGCAGAAAGCAUUGUACUAUUGUACAGAAACAAGAAAUAAACUGCUCGGAUCUGCAUUUUAAGAGAUUAUUUAUUCACUUUAGGCAGUAAAAGUCUUGUUACUAUAAUGAUUUCGUAUCGCACAUGUGCAUUAUUUAUUUUUCGUAGAUUCCGCAAAUAAAUAUUUAUACAUACAA